AUGCUCUCAGGUGUAGAUGACGUGGAGGACGGAAAGAAGCUGAUACAGCAGCUGGUCGAGCUUCUGGAGUCAGCUAGGUUUUCACUACGGCUCGUGGGGCCAGUCAUUAUCCAAGCGAAAAUCUUCAUCCAAGAAUUGUGGAAGCAGGAGUGUUCUUGGGAUGAACCGCUGACUGCAGAGUUACAAGAGUAUUGGCACGAAUAUCGGAGAAAUCUAGCCGGUUUGGAUAGCCUCUCGGUCCUCCAGUGGGUUGGAAGUAUUAGCAGCAGUGCAGCUGUGGAAAUUCACGGAUUCUGUGACGCAUCCGAGUUAGCGUAUGGAGCCUGCGUGUAUAUUAGAACAGUUACAGAGGCUGGGUCCGUAGCUGUGCGGCUUUUGACGUCCAAGUCGCGGGUUGCUCCGCUUGAAAACCUAAAAAAGAAGAAGAAAAGACAGUCUAUACCCCGCUUGGAAUUAUCGUCAGCACUUUUGCUUGCUCAUUUGUACGAAAAGGUCGUACAGAGUCUUCGCAUUUCGGCAAAAUCGUUCUUUUGGACGGACUCGAUGAUCGUUAAGUGCUGGUUAUCAUCAUCGCCGUCAAGAUGGAAGCAGUUCGUCGCGAAUCGAGUUUCUGAGAUCCAGCACAUCACGAAAGACGGCACCUGGACACACGUCGCAGGUGUAGAAAAUCCAGCAGACAUAAUCUCUCGUGGGAUGACCCCAGCGCAGCUUCAGUACCAACAUGCUUGGUUUGACGGACCGCAUUGGCUGUUAUUGGAAGAAGCGUAUCGACCUGAUACCAAGGAGAUAUGGGAAGAAAACAUCGAGUCAGCAGAUUUGGAGGAAAAGACCACAACGUUGGUUCUCCAGUCAACCGCUCCCAGUGAGAUUUUCAAACUACGAUCGUCACUGUCGGAGCUAGUUCGUAUUACGGCUUACAUUCGCCGUUUCCGAUUCAACUCUCGAGCAGUCAAUCGCAACUGCAGAAGACACAGUCCUAUCACGACAUCAGAACUCGAUGAGGCACUACAAAUGCUAGUGUGGCUUGCUCAACAAGAAAGCUUUCCGCAGGAGCUUGCCGAUUUGUCCAAGCAACCCCACGUGCGAGAUUCGUCACGCAUUAUUUCAUUAAAGCCGAUUCUCAAAGAAGGCAUAUUGUGCGUCGGCGGCCGGUUACGGCAUGCAGCUGUGUCACCGAAUCACUAG